UGAAGCUCCUGUAGCCUCAACCACACACACAGCUGCCUCAACUAAAACCACUAUAAUAGUAAGUUCUACAUCCACAGAAACCAAAAACAAAACAGCUCAAAACACCCUGCAUGCAACCACAGCCUCUACAACCCCAAAUACAACAGCUACCAUGACAGCCAAUAUCACCACCAAUACACCAAUGGCAAUAAUCCCAGUUGCAAGAACUACAGGCAUCCUUACUCCAAAAAUAACCACAUCAACCACAAGCCCAGCUAAAACAACUGCCCAAACAUCCACUACAUCCACUACAGCCACACAUACCACAACUACAACAACCACAAUAAAAGCCAUCAUAACCCCGACAACCACAGCCACGACCACAAGUCAAGACAUCCUUGUCAUAUAUUUCUCAAUGAAAAUAAACCAACAAUUUGACACUGCACUCGUUGAUAAAAAAAGUGCAACCUUCAAAAAAGUUACGGCAACAAUUGAGAAUUCAAUUGAUCAAAGUUACAAAAGUGUACCUGGCUACCAAGCCAAAUCUGCAACUGUACAAGGUUUCAGACCUGGCAGUGUGAUUGCAGACUUCAGCAUUAAUUCAACUACUGAUAUCCUUGAUUUGCUUUGGGCAAACCAACAAAUUGCUAGCAAUCUCCGUUUACUGGGAUUUAACAUAAGCAAUGAUGCAUUCAGUUAUAGUGUGGCAUCUGGGCUGUAUAAAAGCAGUGACCAAAUAUAUCCUGGACAAAAUCUGAAACUGACCUGUAACAUCACGGUAAAUAACAGCAUUCAAUGGAUGUGGAAUGGAAUUGAACUGCAGGGGUCGGAUAGGUAUGAAAUUGUUCAAACUGUACUCACGAUAAAAAACAUCACUCCCGAUGAUAGUGGUCAGUACGAAUGUAGGACAACAAAGAACUUAAUACCCUAUGUUAUCUGGCAAAGGAUUAUCAUUCCAUAUCCCAACAUUCAAGUGAGCAAUGACAAAUAUGUAAAAUGUGAGAAUUCAACAGUGAUGCUGCAAUGUUGUGUUCAGAACAGCUACGAAGUGAAAUGGAAGCCUGCAGCAUGCAUUCAACCUUCAACAGUUCCACCAACAGGCUGCAUAUUAUGUGGCUAUAAACUAAACACACAGGACUGUAAAAAUAAUGAGAAGAUAAUGGUCACAUGUCAACUUACUAAAAGUGAUUACAACGCACAGAGCAUCACAAUCAAUGUAGUCAACACAAAAUUUACCUGCUAUAAUAAUGUGUUUGGACCUGGAAAUGUGGAAGAUGUACAUGUUGGUGACUGUAAUGAUGGUAUGGUUGGCUAUCAAAAAGCUACAUGUAAAUCAACGGGACAGUGGCAAAUUACAGAUAACAACUGUGUCCUGCAAGAAAUUCAGAAUCUAAAAGAUAGAGUUGCGCUCUUGGGUACCUCUGACCUCCCAGUAUUUAUGACUAAUCUUAGCAUGGCUGCGGAAACAAACGCUCAAAAUAUAUCAUCAUCUUCAUCAACGAUACUAGCAAUUGCUGGCAUACUGCAAACCAUUGCCAAUAUCUCGGAAAAUAUUUUAAUCACUACACCUGUUAUAACUGGUUUCCUUCAAACACUGGAUGUCAUCGGGUCAGUAGCUGCACGGGGACCUUGGAUGAAUUUAAAUGAAAACAGUUCAACUAGUAAUGUCAGUUCUGAACUUCUGAAGUCUGUCGAAAGUAUUUCACGCAGACUCCCAAAUGAAAACAUUGUGAUAACAACCAACUUUGCACAUCUCAAAAGAUUACUCAUUAAUGUCUCAUUUGUGGAAGCAUUUGGUAAUGAAUCAACAACCUCUAUAAAUAUUCCAAUGAUUAGUGCACAGUCUUUCCUAACCAUCAUAGUUUUUUCAGCGCUUGACAAUGUUUUACCCGUUCGAACUGCUGACAGUAACGCUCAAACUAAUUUCAGCAUCAGUGCAGAUAUUGCUGUAAUUGAACCAACUUCAAAAAUUAACAACAUUUCCUUUAAUUUUGCCAUCAAAAAUACGACGCUAAGAAACCCUCAAUGUGUCUUUUGGAACUUUAGUCUUUUGAAUGGAAUUGGGGGAUGGGACUCGACUGGAUGUCAACUAAAGCGACUGGGGGAUGAAGCAAAAAGAGUUACAUGUGAAUGCAAUCACACAACAUCCUUUUCAAUCCUGAUGUCACCAUUUACCCCGGGUAAAGGCCUGGCUGUAAUUUUAGACUAUAUAACGUACAUCGGUGUUGCUAUUUCAUUGGCCAGCUUGGUUUUGUGCCUCAUAAUUGAAAUUUUUAUAUGGAAAGUAGUGACGAGAAAUGACACGUCCUACAUGCGGCAUGUCUCUGUAGUCAACAUCGCUCUCUCCCUACUGAUUGCGGACAUAUGCUUUAUCAUUGGAGCAGCGGUAGUUAAAGAAGGAGAAAAAACUCCAGAGGGUCCCUGCAGUACAGCAACCUUUUUCAUGCACUUCUUUUAUCUUGCCCUUUUCUUCUGGAUGUUUCUAUCAGCACUUUUGCUCCUUUAUCGCACCCUUAUGGUCUUUUCCAGAAUGAGCAGAAGUGCUAUGAUGGCCAUAGCCUUUACUGUUGGCUAUGGAGCCCCAUUAAUCAUAGCUGUUAUUGCUGUCGCAUCAACAGCUGGAAACCAUGGAUAUGUCCAAGACGAAAAUAGUUGUUGGUUAAACUGGGAUGAAACGAAGGCCCUCCUGGCAUUUGUGAUUCCUGCUCUGACUAUUGUGGCUUUAAACUUUCUGGUGCUUAUUGUGGUUCUGUGUAAGAUGUUAAGGAGAGGAAUUAAUGCUUCCACUCAGCCAGAUGAGAAACAUCCCCUACUGGUCAUUGCCAGAUGUGUGGGGAUUUUAACACCUCUCUUUGGUCUAACGUGGGGAUUCGGCAUCGGAACCUUGGUGUCACCGGAUCGUGGGAUUCACAUAGUGUUUGCAUUCCUCAAUUCACUACAGGGUUUCUUUAUUUUGCUCUUUGGAACAUUACUGGAUAACAAGGUCCGAGAGGCACUGGCAAGAAAGUUGGCUCUGAGAAACUUCAGCUCUAAUAGCACCAGGAGCACAAGUGCAGGAACAUCAUCCCCAAGCAGGAUUACUUUAAUUCAGAAGUUCUGGCGGAGAGAUGUCUACCACAUACAGGAAAGCGGCAUUUUGUCUUCGUCUUCAAGCAACCCAUAUAGAGUUGUUUAGCUGUGUUAAGCUAACCUGCACCAAAGAUUCAUCUAUGUCUUAAAAAGGGCGAUUGAACAGUAACUUUAUAUUUAGCGAACAUAGAUUUUAUUUUUUUCUUGGUUACCUCAAGCCUAAUGAAAUCCGAACAUUUAAAAUUAAAAGUUAUUUAUCAGUCG